GAAGACGCCAUUUCCGUUCCAUGUCAGCUCUCACUCUAUCAUUUCUCCGAACUAACUACUUCCCUUUGUGCUGCCACGCUCAAUCCCUAUCCCUUUCUCCAUAAUCUCCACCAACUCUCCCCCACUUCUCCACACACACACACUCUCGACGUCAAACAAUGGCGUUCCGCAGGCAAAUCAUCAGGGCUACUUUGCAAAAUGCCAAACGAAACAGCUUGGCACAACUCGCUCGCGCCGGCGGCCGCUGCUUGUCCACCGCGUCUCCUUCCCUUUCCGCGGCCACCGCCGACGCGCCGCCGCAGCUCCCGCCGUUCGAUCACCGGCCCAAGCCCUACAAGGGUCCUUCCGCCGAGGAAGUGCUCCAGAAGCGUAAGACUUAUCUGGGUCCUUCUCUGUUCUACUACUAUCAGAAACCCUUGAAUAUAGUGGAGGGCAAGAUGCAGUAUCUGUAUGAUGAGAAUGGGAAGCGCUAUUUGGAUGCUUUCGCCGGGAUCGUGACUGUUUCUGCUGGCCAUUGCCACCCGGAGAUUUUGAAAGACAUUGUUGAGCAGAGUGAGCUUCUGCAGCAUGCGACCACCAUUUACCUGCACCACGCGAUUGCUGAUUUUGCCGAGGGUUUGGCGGAGAAGAUGCCCGGCAACCUUAAGGUUGUGUAUUUUGUGAAUUCUGGGUCCGAGGCAAAUGAACUGGCGAUGAUGAUGGCUAGGUUGUACACUGGUAAUCUUGAAAUGAUAUCUUUGAGAAAUGGUUAUCAUGGUGGAAGCUCGAAUACUAUUGGCCUUACGGCUCUGAACACAUGGAAGUACCCCAUACCACAGGGUGAAAUCCAUCAUGUCAUGAACCCCGAUCCAUACCGAGGGAUCUUUGGCUCUGAUGCGGCUGGUUAUGCCAAAGAUGUAGAAGACCACAUUGCUUAUGGCACUUCAGGAAGAGUUGCGGGAUUUAUAGCCGAGACAAUUCAGGGAGUUGGAGGAGCAGUUGAAUUGGCCCCCGGGUACUUGAAGACGGUAUAUGAUACUGUUCGAAAGGCUGGUGGGGUAUGUAUUGCUGAUGAAGUUCAAACCGGGUUUGGACGAACAGGAAGCCACUAUUGGGGAUUCGAAACGCAAGGUGUCAUCCCUGACAUAGUUACAAUGGCAAAGGGCAUUGGCAAUGGUUUACCACUAGGAGCAGUGGUGACAACACCAGAAAUAGCUAGUGUGAUGUCUCAGAAAAUCCAGUUCAACACUUUUGGUGGCAACCCGGUUUGCUCUGCUGGUGGACUUGCUGUCUUGAGAGUUCUUGACAAAGAGAAGCGUCAACAACAUUGUGCCCAAGUUGGCACUCACCUAAUUGGACGUUUGAGAGAUCUAAAGGAAAAAUAUGAAAUCAUUGGAGAUGUUAGAGGCAGAGGGUUGAUGGUGGGUGUAGAGCUAGUGACCGACAGGAAGGAGAAGACCCCUGCCAAAGCUGAAACAGCAGUCUUAUUCGAGCAGCUCCGAGAGCUCGGUAUUCUAGUCGGGAAAGGAGGGCUCCACGGAAACGUCUUUCGAAUAAAACCACCUAUGUGUUUCUCCAAAGAUGAUGCUGUUCGCUCGCUGAAAGAAACACACCGCUACUCAGAAGAAGAGAGAGUUCUUCCCCGACCCGCUUCUCUCUCCCUUUCCCUCGGAAUCCUUCCGCUAACUCCCUACGCCCUUUUCCUCCCCCAUAUUAUUCCUCCUUCGGCUUCCGAAAGCUUCUUCCGCUCACCGCUGAACAAGGUUCAGCAGCCUAAUAAUCUCGGUUCCGACCUCCACUCCCAGUUGAAAGAGUUGAUCCCAGAGCAACAGGAGCGCCUCAAAAAGAUCAGAUCGGAUUAUGGAAAAGUUCAGUUGGGAAACAUCACCACUGACAUGGUAAUUGGUGGUAUGCGAGGAAUGGUUGGAUUGCUAUGGGAAACCUCACUGCUUGAUCCGGAAGAGGGGAUUCGCUUUAGAGGUCUCUCAAUUCCUGAAUGCCAAAAGGUGUUACCGGCUGCUCAGCCUGAUGGAGAACCAUUGCCGGAGGGUCUUCUGUGGCUUCUUCUAACUGGAAAGGUGCCAAGCAAAGAGCAAGUUAAUGCGUUAUCAAAGGAAUUGCGAGAUCGUGCUGCUGUCCCAGAUUAUGCAUUUAAGGCCAUUGAUGCUCUCCCUGUCUCAGCUCAUCCAAUGACUCAGUUUACAACUGGUGUCAUGGCACUUCAGGUCCAAAGUGAGUUUCAGAAAGCAUAUGACCAGGGCAUUCACAAAUCAAAGUACUGGGAGCCUACAUUUGAAGAUUCUCUUAAUCUAAUUGCUCGUCUUCCAGCAGUGGCUGCAUAUGUUUACCGAAGAAUAUUCAAGGAUGGAAAGAUCAUACCCAUGGAUGAUUCUCUAGAUUAUGGUGCAAAUUUCUCGCAUAUGUUGGGAUUUGAUGAUCCCAAAAUGCACGAGCUUAUGAGGCUUUAUGUGACAAUCCAUAGUGACCAUGAAGGUGGUAAUGUUAGUGCACACACUGGUCAUCUGGUUGCCAGUGCACUUUCGGAUCCUUACCUUUCAUUUGCUGCUGCAUUAAACGGUUUAGCUGGACCCCUUCAUGGCUUGGCAAAUCAGGAAGUUCUGCUAUGGAUCAAAUCUGUUGUGGAGGAGUGCGGCGAAAAUAUAAGUAAAGACCAAUUAAAAGAUUACGUCUGGAAGACAUUGAACAGUGGAAAGGUCGUUCCUGGAUUUGGACAUGGAGUCCUGCGAAAAACCGAUCCUAGAUACAUGUGCCAAAGAGAGUUUGCAUUGAAACAUUUGCCCAAGGAUCCACUCUUCCAGCUGGUUUCUAAGCUCUACGAUGUUGUGCCUCCAAUUCUUACCGAGCUGGGCAAGGUUAAGAACCCAUGGCCCAAUGUCGAUGCCCACAGUGGAGUGUUGUUGAACUACUACGGUCUAACAGAAGCCAGGUACUAUACCGUUCUGUUUGGUGUCUCGAGGAGUAUCGGAAUCUGCUCUCAGCUGAUAUGGGACCGAGCUCUCGGGUUGCCCCUCGAGAGGCCGAAGAGUGUCACGAUGGAGUGGCUUGAAAACCACUGCAAGAAAGCUGCCGCAGCCUGAUCCUCGUGAGGCUCGGAACGGAUGAUUCAGUCCACAACAGUAGGCUACAGAACACACAGUUUGCAGCGGGUGAUGAUGGUGUGCAGUGAUGAAAACCAGGGCUGGUUGGAUGUUUUCGUUUUUCUCAGUGUUUGAUUCUCACAUAAUUGUUCCCUGCCAUCAAGGGGGUGGCUGCUUGUCAAUAAAUCUGUGGUAUUUUUUUCCAUUUUUCCCCUUCUUCUGGAGAGUAGAAACCUAGAGCAGAACCACUUCCGGCGUGUGCCCCCUUUUGAAUAAAUAAGUUGAAAAUGUGGCUUAAAUUUCAUAGCAUGGUUUCCUCUUUUUGUUCUAUCGUGUUAAGUUCUUAAAAUUAAGUUGCAGAAGCAGUAAAUCUUCUGCAGAUGGUUUGGUUGGUUUGUUUUGGCUUUUACAGGGAAAUAAGAGAGGGACGAAAGAAAAAGACCUAGCCCCUUCGAGGACAUCCGAUAAAAGUGCGCGAAAAAUAUGAGCUUCGCACAUAGAAAAGUUAAUUAAGAAUCAUCAGCGGGCGUAAACAUAUCAUCCGUAUUAAUGAAUUCAUCUCGCUUGUAGGGAUUAACUUU